AUGGCUGGGCAAAAUCACUUCGCAUCAGUAUCAGUACCAUCCGGAGUUGCGCUGAAUGAGGAAGAAUCUGCUCCAGACGCGACAACGCUGGGAGACGAAGUGACCGUGUCAUCACCGUCGGCGAGGCGACAGAGAGUCGCUCUCAACCCCAUGGAUAUAGGGAAAUUCGUGACAAGCAAUGGAAGUUGCGACCAUUCCCUGACAGACGAGGAGCGAUUUGAGGCUCUGACACACUGUUGGGAACCGGACAAAGAGUAUGCUUUCCCUAAAACGAUAGAGUCGAAUCGCUCUCGAGCGUUCCAAUACCACUAUCUCAGUCUGUGGCCUUGGUUGGCAUACAGUGAGAUGUUUGGGGGUGGAGGUUUCUGUAAGCAUUGCGUUCUUUUUGCGAAAACAGAAUCUUCGAGCCACGGGGGUCUCAGAAAGCGAGGUGUACUCAUCACUCAGCCGCUGAACAGGUUCAAGAAAGCAGUCGACAUUCUCAAGAAUCACGCUCUCAGUGAGUAUCAUCGCAGAGCCAGUGAGAGCGCGAAUGACUUUCUUGAGUGGCAUGGAGACCGAGUCAAUCUCGAUAUCAGAAAUCGUUUAGUGAAAGCCCGAGAAGAGCAAGUUGUGAAGAACCGCCAGAGAUUGAUACCCAUCGUGAAAACGAUACUGUUGUGUGAGCAUCUGAACAAUCUCAAACGAAACGCGACAUACAUGAGCAAUAAAUUCCAAAAUGAGCUCAUAGCGGCAAUAGGAAAGAUCAUCCGAAGAAAGAUAGUACGGGAGGUCAAUGAUUCUAAGUUCUACGCCGUGCUCGCGGAUGAGACAUCAGACGCCGGUAGGAUCGAUCAGUUGACGAUUUGCCUGCGUUACAUAUCGACCUCAGCCAGCAAGCCUGUCGUCAAGGAAGUUUUUCUGAAGUUCUGCGCCGUAGCUCAGAAAACCGGAGCCGCGCUAGCGCGUACCAUCUUGGAUGCUUUGGAAGAGGAAGGAGUCGACGUGAGAAAUAUCAGAGGUCAAGGAUAUGACGGUUGUGCUUCGAUGAAAGGAGCUGGAAAUGGUGUCCAAGCAGAAAUUAAGGCCGUGGUGCCUCAAGCCCUGUACUUUCACUGCGCCAGUCAUUGCCUCAGCCUCGCGCUCGUCCAUUCCGCCGAAAUUGUCCCUAUCAAACUGGCCGCUGGUGUCGUCAAGAGCGUUUGUAACUUCUUCUGUAAGUCUACGAAGCGACACCAAUGCCUGAUGGAUAAGAUAGAUGCCCACGCACCCACGUCGUCCAAAACACGGCUCAAAGCUCUGUGCCCCACUCGUUGGGUCGAAUCGCACCACGCCUUCAUUACUUUCAGAGAGCUUCUAGUCCCCCUCUUCCACUGUUUGGUUGAGCUCGGACAAGUCACGGGUGAAACUGGCGUGCGAGCAUACGAACUAGAGAGCUCCGUCUGCAAAUGCGACUUCGUGUUCGCUCUACUCACCAUUGAGAGCUUCUCGUGCAUUUUUCUCCCGUUGUCUAUGCAAUUACAGAAAAAAAGCCUCGAUAUUUUUGCCGCUCUCAGGAUGGUCGACAACAUCUUAUCCAUUCUUGAGCUUAAGCGUCAAAAUGUUGAGACCGAGUUCAAGAUAAUCUACGAUGAAGUCACAGAGAUCUGCGCUCUGCUGGAUGUCGAGAUCAAAAUGCCUCGCAUUAGCGGUAGACAAAUGCACAGGGAAAAUCAUCAGGCGGAGACACCCGAAGCUUAUUUCCGGGUGACUAUGUACGUUCAGUAUCUUGACCAUUUGAUCCAGGAGCUUCGUUCGCUGUUCGCCGAUUCUCGGCAAAAGGCAAUGAAAGUCCAAUGCCUUGUACCGAAGUAUACCGUCAGUAGCACUUUCGCCGAUCUCAUUGAAACGCUGGACUUCUAUCAGACCGACUUAGACUGCAGUGCCAGCGUUCUCAGAGGGGAGUUUGAAUGCUGGAAGGCGAAGUGGGGCAGGAAGGCUGGGAACGAGCUUCCAGAAACCGCAAUCGAAGCACUCAGCUUUUGUCCAAGGAUCGAAUAUCCGAAGAUCGCGACCCUCCUCCAGAUAUUUGCCACAUUCCCCGUGACGACAUCAACACCCGAGAGAACCUUCAGCUCCCUGAAGCUGCUCAAAACUUAUCUUCGAUCUACGAUGGGGCAUGAACGACUCAAUGGAUUGGCUUCGAUGACUCUGCAGCGCGAUGUACCGGUUAGUGUCGACGAAGUUGUCGAUUUAAUCGCCCAGGAUCCGAGAAGGUUAGACAUUGUUCUAUAG